AUGAACGCCCAGCAACGCGCGCUCCUUGAGGAGCAUCAAGCCUUGCCUCCGGACCUUACAGAUGAGCAGAUGAGGGCCACUGGCCCCGGCAGCGCCUUCAUCGCCGUGAUCCGCGGCAUGAUUCGCAAGACGCCCGGCACCUACGAGAGCAUCGUUCAGCUCCUCAUCAGCAUGGAACCCGAGAUGCGUAACGCUUCGACCUCCUCAUCCGCCCCCGCUGAUUCGCUGCCGCGCUCGACGCGCAAUGUCACUCCAAGCUUGCCGUUGGGAUCGUACAAUAACGAGUACGCCCCGGGCUUCAUCAACACCAACUGGGAGUACAAGGACCUGGGCCCAGGCGAUCUUGUGCCAGAUCCGACCGUGUCCGGCAAUGCCCAUUACCUUGCUGUUACGGACGAGGAUAGCGGUGACAACGACGACGCUGGCGACGGUUCUCAGCAGCAGGACGAGGUUCAAGAGCAGCAUCAAGAGCAGCAGCCGCAACAGCAGCAGCAGCCCAAGCCAGCCAACAACCUCCAAGACCCCGGCCCCGGUCCUGCCACACCCGUUCAGUCUGAUCAGCCCGUUCAGUCGGAUCAGCCCGCUCAGUCGGAUCAGCCCGCUCAGUCGGAUCAGCCUGCUCAGCCCGCUCAGUCCGCUCAGUCCGCUCACGAGCAGCCUCACUCUAGCGCCUCCCAGCCUGCCGUCCAGCCUGCCCAGCCUACUGUCCAGCCUACUGUCCAGCCCGCCCAGCCGGCCACCCAGCCCGUCGUCGCAGACAACCAGCCCCCCACCACGGGCACCGCCACGGGCACCACCACGGGCACCACCACGGACACCACCGCCCCGACCGAAACCCGCACCGCCUUCUUCAUCCGCACCAUGGGCGAAGCCGCGCUGAUCAUCCGCGAGGACCGCUACGAGUCGGACGGCAGCCGGCACUGCCCGCUCGAGCCGCGCGAGACGUGCGAGGGCUAUCCCGAGUUCAAGCGGCGCUUCGACGCCGCGAUGCGCAAGUGGCGGCGGGCGCAGCGGAACAACGGCGGCGGCGGCGCCGGCGCCCGGGCGGUGGCGGUCGAGUGCAGGGGGGAGAUGCUUGCCGAGAUCGAGGAGUGCCUGACGAGGAUCGUGGACGCGUUGACGGCGGGGGAGGUGUUGGCGGUGGUGCAGGGGUGGAUGAACUGA